AUGGCAACUCUUGCCAAGGCUUUUUCACGUCUAGCACCCUCUCACUUCACCCCUAGUAACCUUGAUCCUCCACCCUUGCCACAUCCAUCAACCCCAAAAUCUAGUAUUGAUGCUAUAACUCUGAAAGGAAGUGAGCCGCUUAAUGAAAUAAACUCUCAACCCACUCUUCCGAAGGAGGAAUCUAGUAAUGGGGGCAAGAAUUUUGUUGAAGAUGGGAAAGAGGAGGAACUUGAGGUAGGUAGCCACCAUGAGUUUCAAAAAGGUCUGAGUGAUGAAGAAAGCUCACAAGCGGGAGACCUUGAGGAUGAAGAAGAUGAAAGUGCCCCACCAAAUCCCCACAACCAAGAGGAUAAGUUACCCCACCAAGAAGCGAGGGAAGAUUUGAAACCACUACCACCCCAUGUUAAACAUGUGUCCUUGAUGAGGAACAUAAAUUUCCGGAUUUUCUUGGAAGAAGGCGCUAAGCCGGUCCGGCAACCGCAAAGACGGCUAAAUCCCACAAUCCUUGACGUAGUCAAGGAAGUAACUCGUCUCUUGGAAGCGGAAAUCAUUUACCCCAUUUCGGACAGUGAAUGGGUAAGUCCGGUCCAAGUAGUGCCGAAGAAGUCCGGGGUAAUAAUGGUGAAGACGGAGAGUGGAGAGCUUUUGGCCACCCGAGUGCAGAAUACUUGGCGAGUGUGCACUGAUUACCACCGGUUGAAUCAAGCAACGCGGAACGACCACUACCUGUUCCUGUUCAUUGACCAAAUGUUGGAUCGCUUGGCAGGGAACUUAGCUAGGGUACUAGAGCGAUGCACCAAUACUAACCUUGUUUUGAAUUUUGAAAAGUGUCACUUCAUGGUGAAGCAAGGUAUAGUAUUGGGUCAUAUUGUUUUUAAAGACGGAAUCUCCGUCGACCAGGCUAAGAUCGAUGUCAUUUCGAGUUUACCUUACCCCUCCUCGAUGAGGGAGAUCCGUUCCUUCCUUGGUCAUGCAGGCUUUUAUCGUCGAUUCAUCGAGGACUUUAGCAAAGUUGCCUUACCUCUCUCCCACCUACUGCAAAAGGACGUGGAAUUUUAUUUUGGUGAAGAUUGCAAAAAGGCUUUUGACAAGUUGAAAGAAGCGCUAACCACAGCUCCUAUUGUGCGAGGCCCAAGUUGGAAUCAACCUUUUUGA